UUAUGUUGAACUACAACGCGGAAGUCCUCUGACAUCCCGGAUGUGCAGCACAUGAACUGCUCCGAUCGGCGUCUCCUGCCACAGAUACGGCUUUCCCUUCGACCAGCUUCAUAAUUACUUUCACUGGUUGUUUUGCGUUUGCUUUUUUACGGAAAAAUGCCUUUAAAGUUCGAGCUGUGUCCCGGCAGGAUGAUCGGAGGAAACCACCCGUGUUUUAUCAUAGCUGAAAUCGGGCAAAACCACCAGGGAGACAUUGAAAUCGCCAAGAAGAUGAUCAAAAUGGCAAAGGACUGUGGUGCUGAUUGUGCCAAAUUCCAGAAGAGUGAAUUAGAGUAUAAAUUCAACAAGAAAGCCUUGGAGCGCCCGUACACCUCUCGUAACUCCUGGGGAAAAACUUACGGUGAACACAAGCGCCAUCUGGAGUUCAGCCAUGAGCAGUACAGGGAGCUGCAGAAAUAUGCUGAGGAGGUUGGGAUCUUCUUCACCGCCUCCGGGAUGGAUGAGAUGGCGGUGGAGUUUCUCCAUGAGCUCAAUGUGCCUUUCUUUAAAGUUGGCUCAGGAGACACCAACAACUUCCCCUACCUGGAGAAGACAGCCAAGAAAGGACGUCCCAUGAUUGUGUCCAGUGGGAUGCAGAGCAUGGAGACGAUGCGUCGGGUCUACAAAACAGUAAAGGAGCACAACCCAAACUUUGCCAUCCUGCAGUGCACCAGCGCCUACCCUCUGGAAGCAGAAGAUGUCAACCUCAGAGUGAUAACGGAAUACCAGAAGGAAUUUCCAGAUAUUCCCAUCGGGUAUUCCGGCCACGAGUCUGGGAUCAGUAUUUCAGUUGGCGCUGUAGCUCUGGGGGCAAAGAUUGUUGAGCGCCACGUAACCUUGGACAAGACCUGGAAAGGAAGCGACCACGAAGCCUCGCUGUUGCCCGAAGAGCUAACUGAGCUGGUUCGUUCCAUCCGGCUGGUGGAGAGGGCGCUCGGGAGCGGCGUCAAGCAGAUGUUGCCUUGUGAGAAGCCCUGCCAUGAUAAGCUGGGUAAAACAGUGGUGGCUCAGGUUAAGAUCCCCAGAGGGACUGUCCUGACUCAGGACAUGUUGACAGUGAAGGUGGCCGAGCCCAUGGGCGUCGCGGCCGAGGACAUCUUCCAGCUGGUCGGUAAGACCAUGAUGGAGGACGUAGAGGAGGACGAGAGCAUCUCGCCAGACGCGGUGUCUGAUUACUGCAAGAAGAAGAAGUGCUGAGUGGGCUUGAAUGGGUUAAAAAAAAAAAAAAAGGCACUUAAUUUGAGAGGAAAAGUAAUCGAUCCUCUGGGGAUAAAUCAAAAGGAGUAUGUGUGAUGGAAAUUUGCUGCUGAGAUUUCUACAGGGCACAAGGGAGGUCUGCACACUGUUCAGCCCCAAAGAAAUAAUUGUUCAAACAGAUUUGUCCUUUGCUCAAAUACACUCUUUGCCAAAGCAUUUUUUAUUUUUUAAAAGCCUUAGCAUAAUACACUAACGUUCAUGGCAAACAGGCUCUAUGGUAUAACCAGCAUUAUUGUCCAAAAGGCUCUGUUGUAGUUUCAGCUCUGUGUUCCUGUUACUGUUAACUAAACAUAAUUUGCACCACAGUUUAAGCCCACACUUUAGAGAUCAAAUGAAUAUUGAUCAUAUGAAGCUGCUACUAGUCAUCUCAUCACACAACAGUGAGAUCACAGAGCCCAUUUGCCAAACGGUCAUUGUAUUCUCCUUGUACCUGCUUAUUAACUGAAGUUUGUGACAUCUUGUGAGUACUUUCCAAAACUAAAAGAGGAAAUGUUCAACACAUUGGGGAUGCAGCCUAAUGUUGUCUCUCACAGUUAACCAUGUUUUGGACAUGAACUUAAGCCUCUCCGUCCUUUUUCUGGCACCAACAAUGUCCACUAAAUACAAUUGCAAGAUGAUUGCUAACAUACAGUUUACAUGUCAAUCUGUUCAGAUUCUGUUAAGCUCUGUGAUGUUGUGAAAAGAUGAAGCCUCCAAAUAAAAUGCUGCCCGAA